GAAGAAGACGUUUACUUCCGGGUCAGAUCUCUGUAUGACACCUCCAACGUCCCAUUAGCUGUACUAGCUUAGCCUGCUACCUAGCUACCUGCAGCUCAGAGGACUCAGUGAACUGUCGACUUCAGCGACCAUCAGAGUCCAAAUGGAUUACCCUGCGACUCAAAGUGGCUUCAGACAGCGUAAGUUACAGCCCAAUAUGCGUCAAAGGACUAGCACCGCGGAUGGUCUAGAAGGCAGCCAGCUGUUUGAGGAUACAAGUGGACCACAGACAGCGUACAGUAACCAGCAUGCCGGGCCUCAAGCAGCAGGACUUUCUGGCCAGUCCAUCCUCUCAGACCCCAUGUCUAACCUGGCCAUGGCGUACGGCAGCUCACUGGCAUCCCAGGGAAGAGAAAUGGUGGACAAGAAUCUGGACAGGUUCAUCCCAAUUUCUAAGCUGAAAUAUUACUUUGCCGUGGAUACAGUGUACGUGGGGAAGAAGCUGGGCCUUCUAGUUUUCCCUUACAUGCACGAGAACUGGGAGGUGAGCUACCAGCAGGACACUCCUGUGGCGCCACGCUUCGACGUGAACGCUCCCGAUCUCUACAUUCCCGCCAUGGGCUUCAUCACGUACGUCCUGGUGGCUGGACUGGCCCUCGGCACACAGAACAGGUUUUCUCCGGAGCUGCUGGGAGUUCAGGCCAGCUCAGCGUUUGUGUGGCUGAUCAUGGAAGUCCUGGCGGUCCUGCUGUCGCUCUACCUUGUGACCGUAAACACCGACCUCACAACCAUAGACCUGCUCGCCUUCUCUGGCUACAAAUAUGUCGGGAUGAUUGUAGGGGUCGUAGCAGGCCUGUUGUUUGGGAGGCCAGCGUACUAUCUCUCUCUACUGUGGUGCUGUGCUGCCAUCUUUGUCUUUAUGAUCCGCACCCUGCGUCUGAAGCUGUUAUCUGAGGCGGCGGCGGAGGGGAGGCUGGUGAGAGGAGCCAGAAACCAGCUGAGGAUGUACCUCACCAUGUCUAUAGCAGCAGCACAGCCCAUCUUCAUGUACUGGCUCACCUACCACCUCGUCAGAUAAAACCCACUCACACACACACACACACUCGUUGUGUAGAAGAUGAACUUGAGUAUCCGAAUGCCAUCGCACCCCCUUAAAAAACAAACACACACAUCAAGGAAACUGGACUUGGAUGAAACACUCAACGGCCACAGUUGUCUGGAAAAUAUCCCCAGACAUAAAGACAGAAGUACACGAGACUCAGUCCAUGUAUGCACGGAGCAGAACAACACAUGCUACAAGACGAUUCGGAGAGGAUGUGAGGCAUUACUACCUUCCCUCUCACAGCACAGCCCCGUGUCAUUAGUAUUGCCUUUUUUUCCGUCUUUUUUUUUUAUGUGUAGCAACAGCAAGUGGCUUUAAGUUGUUUUUCUAUAUUUUGUAAUUAUUUUGUUAAUUAUAUUUUAUAGUAAUAUUUAAGUAUGUGUUUGUGUAUAGCAGAAGUAUUGUUGCAGAUGUUGCUCUGGUCUGAUAUUUCAUGUGUUUUAUCUGAGCCGAAUCUAAAGAAAGCACACUAACCUCAAAGAAACCGUCCGUUUCACAGUCUAUGGUCCGACAAGAAAGAAGUCAGAUAACGGUUUAAAGGUGAUCAACUGGCUCUGUUUCGAUGUUUGACUGAUGAGAAAUACCUGUUCUGUCCUCAUUGGAUCGGGAAACUAGGGUUAUCUAACUGGUGUGGGUUUAAUACCACCUCCCUUUUAUCUUUUUGUAUGUGCUUUGAUACAUGUAAAUGAGCUUUGCUGCCUGACAACUCUUGAAUAGAAAUAAUCAACCGUAAGCCACGACAUGAGGGUGUAACCUCGCGAUGAAUUGUUGAGUUGACUUUGAUAUCCUUUUAAAAGAAACGAGUAAAUUAUUUACUGCUUUUCAUAUUGAAAGUCGGAUGGAAUAAAGAAAGUGAAGAGAUGAGAUGGUCCGUUCUGUGAAAAUUGUUUUAGUCUCUUUGAGAUACUUGAAAUAUUUAAAUGUCAGAAAUACUUUCUUGUGCUUUAAUGUGCUUGUACAUCAUCUAAUGUCACAGCUUGUUUUUAUGUAGCCAGUGUUAACUUAAACCCGGGUAGGAUUCUUAUUUACUUAAAUUGAUUCAGGAAAUAUUAAAAAUUCAGGAUUUUUGAAACUCAUGAUUGAUGAAUGCUUCAACGCUUAUUUAAGUUAACUGAGUUGCCAAUAAAACAUUUUUGUGCUCAUUUAAAUAAGAUUCCUGAAAUUGCAGCAUCUCAUUCUAUAUACAUGUAGCAGGUAAUUUACUUUUUUUCAGGGUUAAUCAUGAAUGGAUCCCUGACUGUCACAGUAGGCCGAAAGCAUACAAACCUAUCAAAUCAAGCCAUUGAAAUGAUAUGACGAAUGCUAAAUAAAGUCUGACUGAUGGAG